CGCGGGGAUGGGUAGAGCCCGCCAGGCCUGCGGCGCCGCCCGGGGGCUGUGCUGGCGCUAGGGUCCCACGGCGGCGUUAGGAUGCACCUGUCGGCCGUGUUCAACGCGCUCCUGGUGUCGGUGCUGGCGGCUGUGCUGUGGAAGCACGUGCGGCUGCGCGAGCAUGCGGCGGCGCUGGAGGAGGAGCUGGCCGCCGGCCGCCCCGCCCCGGAGCCCGCCCCCGCGCCCAGGAUCGACUACCCCAAGGCCCUGCAGCUCCUGGCGGAGGGCGGCACGCAGAUGGUGUGCAGCGGCCGCACGCACACCGACCGUGUGUGCCGCUUCAAGUGGCUCUGCUACUCCAACGAGGCCGAGGAGUUCAUCUUCUUCCACGGCAACGCCUCGGUCAUGCUGCCCAACCUGGGCUCCCGGCGCUUCCAGCCGGCGCUGCUCGACCUGUCCACCGUGGAGGACCACAACACCCAGUACUUCAACUUCGUGGAGCUGCCGGCCGCCGCCCUGCGCUUCAUGCCCAAGCCCGUGUUCGUGCCCGACGUGGCCCUUAUCGCCAACCGCUUCAACCCCGACAACCUGAUGCACGUCUUCCACGACGACCUGCUGCCCCUCUUCUACACCCUGAGGCAGUUCCCGGGGCUGGCGCACGAGGCGCGGCUCUUCUUCAUGGAGGGCUGGAGCGAGGGCGCUCACUUUGACCUGUACAGGCUGCUCAGUCCCAAGCAGCCACUCCUGCGGGCGCAGCUGAAGGCGCUGGGCCGGCUGCUGUGCUUCUCCCACGCGUUUGUGGGUCUCUCUAAGAUCACCACCUGGUACCAGUACGGCUUCGUCCAGCCCCAGGGCCCCAAGGCUAACAUCCUUGUGUCCGGCAAUGAGAUCCGGCAGUUUGCCCGGUUCAUGAUGGAAAAGCUGAACGUGAGCCACGCGGGGGCGCCCCUGGGCGAAGAGUACAUUUUGGUUUUCAGCCGCACCCAGAACAGACUCAUCCUGAAUGAGGCAGAGCUGCUGCUGGCGCUGGCCCAGGAGUUCCAGAUGAAGACGGUGACAGUGUCCCUGGAGGACCAUGCCUUCGCCGACGUCGUGCGGCUGGUCAGCAAUGCUUCCAUGCUGGUCAGCAUGCACGGGGCCCAGCUGGUCACUGCCCUCUUCCUGCCCCGCGGGGCAACCGUGGUCGAGCUCUUCCCCUAUGCGGUCAAUCCGGACCACUACACCCCCUAUAAGACGCUGGCCACGCUGCCCGGCAUGGACCUCCAGUACGUAGCCUGGCGGAACACGAUGCCAGAGAACACGGUCACGCACCCCGAGCGGCCCUGGGACCAGGGGGGCAUCACCCACCUGGACCGGGCUGAGCAGGCCCGUAUCCUCCAGAGCCGUGAGGUCCCGCGGCAUCUGUGUUGCCGGAACCCUGAGUGGCUCUUCCGCAUCUACCAGGACACCAAGGUGGAUAUCCCGUCCCUCAUCCAAACCGUGCGGCGUGUGGUGAAGGGCCGGCCUGGGGCACGGAAGCAGAAGUGGACCGUCGGCCUCUACCCAGGCAAGGUUCGGGAGGCGCGGUGCCAGGCGUCCGUGCAGGGUGCCUCCGAGGCCCGCCUCACCGUCUCCUGGCAGAUCCCCUGGAACCUCAAGUACCUGAAGGUGAGGGAGGUGAAGUACGAGGUGUGGCUCCAGGAGCAGGGGGAGAACACUUACGUGCCUUACAUCCUAGCCCUGCAGAACCACACCUUCACCGAGAACAUCAAGCCCUUCACAACCUACCUGGUGUGGGUCCGCUGCAUCUUCAACAAGAUCCUCCUAGGACCCUUUGCAGAUGUGCUGGUGUGCAACACGUAGCGAGUGUGCUGUGGCCAGGCCGUGGUGGGGGGGCGGGGAUGGCUCCCCUGGCGCAGUGUCCCGGGGCCCAUUGGUGUCCUGUGGUGGCUUCCAGGAAUUAUUUAUUUAUCGAGCAGGCCUUCCCCAUGUGCCUCCGCGUCUUCUUACUGGGUCUAGAGUGUGACGUUCCCAGCACUUUUUGCGCUGGUUAGUGGGACCCUCCCAACCCCCUUCUCCUGUCCUGAGCCUCCGUACCCUGGAGAAGGUCCUCAGUGGGAGGAGAAAGAAGGAAAGUGAAAAUCCUAAGGAGCCUCUGGCUGAGAAAUCGUGCUGUACCCUACUGAAUCUCUCUGGUUGAUAUCCAGAUGUCUGGAAACUGUGAGUAAAUCAUGUGGUUGCUUGGGUGGGUGGUUCAUCAGCUUCCAUCAUAAUGAAAUUCACCUGUAGCACAGUGAAGGUGUGUUUGGAACAUUCAUUAAAUGAUUAUAAACAUC